UUAUCGGCUGGUAUCACUAAAUAAAAACUAGGUUAUUUCUUUUGUGGGUAAAUUUCGCCUUUUCUUUCUUCUACGUGUCUUUUUAAAAUCAAAAUUCGUUGUAGCCUUGUGAUAUGGUGACACGUAGACCUCCUUCAUUAUGUCCAACUUACGUGAUAAUUUGCCCGAUAAAAGUAUUGAUGGUAGUAAACCAUCAACUUCAGCGUUUCGUCCAAAAGGAUCUAUCAUCAACAUGAAACAGAAAAUUGGGUCGCCUUCUAAAUCACCAGCCAAACAGAAAAAUCCUCCGGCUAGCCCCAGACAGAAGAAACCAAAAGAUAGUAAAGUGGUGACGCAGACGACAACAAACACAUCAAUAGACGACAUGACCGCGCAGGCUGCAAACAUCAACAUUGACACGGGUGUUGUUAUCAACAACGAAACAGCACAAAGCAGAGCCCCAAAAGGUAAACAUGCUAAAAAAAAGGAAAAUCUAAAAAAGCUGCAGUUACAAAUGCCUACUUUGCCACCACAAGGCAUAGCAAAUAUUGUGCAAUCCACAGCUCCCGCCAAUAUGAUUCACACACAACAGCAAGUACAAGAUUUUUUCUCGAAAAAUAUUGGCCCACUUUAUGCCAGUACAACCCCCAGAUAUUUGGAGAACCUCCAUCACCAUCCUCAGUAUCAGUUCAUGUAUGGGGCACAGGCACAACCACAGCUGCAGCGGCGUAGUAUCCCAAAUACUCCAAUCCUGAUGCAGGAGCCGCGGAGUCCACAGUACUUGAAUAAUGCAUUGCAACAUCCAUUGUUGAGCAAGUCAUUUUCAACUGGAGGUCGUGACCCAUCAGCAAUUACCUUGGAAAAACUUGUAGCUUCUAAUCUAGUGGCACCGCAAAUUCACCCAUAUGCAUUGCUUUUGGGACAAGCAGCAGCCGCUGCUGCUGCUUCUAGACAGCAGCAAGAGAAAACUAAAAGUUCUCCAAAGAGGAAUAGAAAUAGAAAUAAAAACAAAAACAAAGAGAGUGAACCAAAGGAGGAAAAGACAUUUGAAGCCUACUUGACACCUGAACAAGUGGAAGAGGGCUUAAAGAACAAUGAAUUUAUAGAAGGGCUUAUCAGAAUCAAUCCUAAAAUGUUCACUCAUGCAUACUUGAGUGGUACCGACCGCAGUGAGCAGGAUGUGCUGAUUGAUGGAGUAAGGAACAGGAACCGCGCCUUGGAAGGUGAUCUUGUGGUUGCUAAACUUCUCCCCGACAGUGAUAGUGAAGAUGGCAAAGAAAAUAAACAAAAGAAAGGGAAAGUUGUAUUCAUCAAGGAAAAGAACCAUACAAGGACAUGUAUUGGUACACUGAAGCUGAUGCCUGACAGGAACAGACAAAAGGCCAUAUUUCUGCCUCGGGAUCACAGAGUCCCUCGGCUCAAUAUACCAUGCACAAGUUGGCCAACUAAUUUCUACUUUGAAGAGAAAAGGUAUGAGAACACACUCUUUUUAGCAAAAAUCCUAGAUUGGACUGACACAAGGUUUGCUGUUGGCACAAUAUCUUGUUUCAUUGGACAAUCUGGAGAUAUGGAAUCUGAAUCACGGGCAAUCUUGGCUCAAAAUGAUUUGGAUGUAACUCCAUUUGGUCCGAAUGUGAGAGAUCUCUAUCCAAGACUAGAUUAUACAAUACCAGAAGAAGAAAUUAAGCUGAGGGAGGAUUGUCGCGAACUGUGUAUAUUCAGUAUUGACCCUCACAACUGCCGAGACAUUGAUGACGCAGUCUCCUGUAGGGAACUUGAGAAUGGGAACUAUGAAAUUGGAGUCCAUAUUUCAGAUGUUGCCCACUUUCUCACCGAAAAUACAAUAUUAGAUGAGAAAGUAUCAGAGAAGGCAACCACAAUUUAUUUGGUAGAGAAAGCCUACCACAUGCUUCCAGAUGAUCUGUGCAUGCUGUGCUCUCUGUUCCCUGGUGUGGACAAACUCGCCUUUUCCGUAUUUUGGGAAAUUACUAAAGACGCAAAGGUCUUGAAACAUAGGUUUGCGAAAACCGUAAUUCAUUCUUGUGCUCAAUUAUCUUAUGAGCACGCUCAAGCUGUUUUGGAUGACAAAGAGGAUGCGCAGAAAGAUUUUCCUGAAAUUUACAAUGGCUUUGAAUAUUCAGAUAUACAUAAAGUUAUUAAAACUUUGGGAAGUAUUUCAGCCAUAUUCCGGAAAAAUCGAUUUGACGGUGGUGCGCUGAGAAUAGACCAGCCCAAGGUGGCAUUCCAGCUGAGCCCUACUAACGGUUUGCCAGAUUCAUACUACAUAUACGAGAGCAAGCAGAGUCAUCAGCUGAUCGAAGAAUUCAUGUUGCUUGCGAACAUGACGGUGGCGAAUCGAAUUUACGAGGAUCACCCGACACUGGCCUUCUUACGGUGUCACCCGGAGCCGAGUCUCUACAUGCUGAGACAGUUGGCCAAGGCGCUGGCUCCGAUGGGCAUCGACCUGGACAUCACAUCAGCCGGGGAGCUCCACCGCUCGCUGCUCCCCUACGUGGGGCCCGACAACACCGACCGCGGCAAGGCCAUGGUCCUCAACAUGCUCUGUGCGAAACCGAUGACGAGAGCCAAAUAUUUUUGUGCUAAUGGAUGUGACGACGAAGAUUUUCGGCACUACGCCCUCAAUGUACCCUUGUACACGCAUUUUACCAGUCCCAUUCGACGAUAUGCCGACAUCAUGGUUCACAGAUUGUUAGCGGCGAGUCUCAACUACAGGGAGACACCCAAAUGGGACGUAGACAGGGUCCGCGCUAUCGCGGCACAGUGCAACAAGCAAAAAUACAACGCCAAGAAGGCAGGCGAGAUGUCCACAGAACUGUACACACUCAAGUACAUAGAAAUGCACUCUCCUUUAGUGACUGAAGCUGUAGUGGUCGAAGUUAAGGAAAAAUACAUUGAUGUUAUAGUAGUGUCGGUCGGAUUGAACAGAAGAAUUUUCUUUAACAAUGAUUUCCCGGGAGAGUACAAUUGCAUCAAGAACGACGCGGGUGCGAAGCUAUCCAAGAUGGAGCUGACGUGGAAAGCCACGGAGACCUCGCCCGCAGUGAAGCAAGUCAUAGAAGUGUUCUCAAUAUUGCAAGUUGAGAUGCAUAAAGGCGACGAAAUGGUUAAAGUUGAGACAAAACUUGUGAGGCCGAAAUAGGGGUUUUUUGGACGAAACGACGCUUUUUAAGUUGACAUAAAGCAUGGAAUAUUGCUGCACGUAGAUGAAUAAUGUUGCACAAACAUAGUUUAUCUGUCUAUUCCUUCGAAAUAUUUGGCCGUUUGUAGGUGGCGCUGUUAAUACUACUAAAAGCAAUUAUUCUUCUACUUGUAGCGAUGUUUUCUCUGUACAGGGUUUUCCAAAGGGUUUAUUUAAAUCGAAAAGGAAUAGCGUAACUCGUUAUUCUCUCAUCGAUCUCUGUGACACCUUUGGCUUACAAUUUGGCAACAUCCUGUGUACAAAAAUGCUUUUAUUUUAACAUUAUUAUAUUUGGUGUGAAGUACCAACGCAUGUGGUACUUAAGUUAAUUUAUAAAAUUGCAUAAUACAUAUUACAUCAUAAAUUCCUGACGAAGCCAAUGAAAUUUAUAUUUUGACUUUUACUAUUUCAAAUUGUGAUAUUUGUAGUACAUAUUUAAAAAUACCUUUAUUUUGUAUAAAGACUCUUCCUAAGUAUUUUUCCUUUUUUAUUUAAGACUUUUUACAACGGAAUGUAUUAAUUGUAUGUAAUAAAUUUUCUGAAGAAAUGGUUUUAAAUGUAGAAGUUAUAAUCUGUACUGUACCUAAUACUUUUUGUAUUACUGAAUGAUAAUAUCUGAAUAUUUUUUCAUUGUUAUAUAGUUUAAGAUCAACCAAUCGCUCAAUCGGAAUGUGUGUGUGAGUAGUAGAACUAAAAAUAAAGUUAUCAUCUGUAGAAUAUGUAGUCAA